AAGGGAGGAAGUCGGCGACAAAAUGUUUAUGAUUUCGCAAAUAAAUCGCAAAUGGUGUCGGUAAUCCUGAUGCAAUACCUGUGUCGGUCCACAUAGAAUCCAGAUAAAGACCUUGCACAGGUUCCUGAGAGGUGGAAGGAAGCAGAAGAGGAGAAAUAUGGCUGAAGACCGAGAGAUUCUCCGCGAGGUCUGGGAGGGACGAAUCCCAGUGUGCUUUGCCCUUGCUUCAGAAGAAAUUGAAACUGUGGAACAACCUGAUCCCUAUUAUUUGUUGGUGCCCCGACAGAGUUAUUUCCCCUUAGUGACAGACAAGGUCCAGAAACACUUCCUCAAGAGUGUGGAGGUCGAAAAACAGGGGGAGAUGUGGCUAGAGUUCGAAGGUCAGCCUCUCAGAUGGCACUACCCCAUUGGUGUGUUGUUUGAUCUGUACGGGUCGGGGACAAGCCUGCCGUGGAGUGUAACAGUUCACUUUCAGCACUUCCCGGAGGAUGAGCUGUUGCACUGCCCCAACAAGGAGGCUGUGGAGUCGCACUUCAUGUCGGUGGUGAAGGAGGCCGACGCCCUCAAACACCGGAGCCAGGUGGUCAACAGCAUGCAGAAGAAGGACCACAAACAGCUGUGGACAGGACUUCAGAAUGACAAGUUCGAGCAGUUCUGGUCCGUCAACAAGAAGCUGAUGGAGACCACUGUAGAAGACUCCUUCAAAUACAUUCCAUACAGGAUAUACCUGCCGGACCAACCACUGAUACAAAGGUUGUUUCGACCAGUCAAUGAGAUGGGGGAGACGGAGACGUUGGGGACACUGCUGGACAUGUCACUGCCCGAUGACACCAAGGAAGAUUUAGAGAAUGUGCAUGUGUUGAUACAAGGUAUAGAGCCAUCGCUGGAGACACCCAUUCUCUGGCUGAGUGAACACUGCAGCUAUCCUGACAACUUCUUACAUAUAUGUGUUGUCCUCAAGCGUUUAGUGCAGAGCUAGCACUAGCAUACAGUGUGACUGUAGAGUUGUGUAUAGCUUUCACAAUGAGUGGACAGGAGAACGGUAUGUUCAUGUUUUAGCUUGGGAGGUGUUCCACCAGACAGGUGUUCUAUCUUCCUGAUGAUAAGGGAGCAGUCUUGUAUGUAGUUUUUCCAAAUCCACGUUUGAUGAUUGAUGCUGUAACCAAGACUCUGUGACACGAAAUCCAUGAUCACUAGAUAUCAAAAAUUAACUUUCUCUCUUCUUUGUCAAUACAUGCAUAGAUUACAGAUAAUAAUAUAGUUAUUGGAUAUCUAUCCUGGUCCAACUUUCAACCAACACACCGACCACAUAUUUUUGUCCCAGGUACCUACAGGCAAAGAAAAUUGUAUUCAGGGUUAGAAAUUUUUUAAUUUAAGAAAUUUUUAUUAGCUAGUCCACCUGCUACAGAGUUGCCUUCUUCCUAAUGAUGAAUAUGGUAGACCAUUAAUAGUGCAUGCUCCCUGUAUCAGAGGAUUUACUGUACUCACUGUAAUAAGCACCCUGCUGCAAUAAGUGCCCCUGACCAACUUCUAGACCACUCUGUUAUGACUCCUUAUAAGUGCCCCUGACCAACUUCUAGACCACUCUGUUAUGACUCCUUAUAAGUGCCCCUGACCAACUUCUAGACCACUCUCUUAUGACUCCUUAUAAGUGCCCCUGUCGAACUUCUAGACCACUCUGUUAUGACUCCUUAUAAGUGCCCCUGACCAACUUCUAGACCACUCUCUUAUGACUCCUUAUAAGUGCCCCAGACCAUCUUCUAGACCACUCUGUAAUGACUCCUUAUAAGUGCCCCUGACCAACUUCUAGACCACUCUGUUAUGACUCCUUAUAAGUGCCCCAGACCAUCUUCUAGACCACUCUCUUAUGACUCCUUAUAAGUGCCCCUGACCAACUUCUAGACCACUCUCUUAUGACUCCUUAUAAGUGCCCCUGACCAUCUUCUAGACCACUCUGUUAUGACUCCUUAUAAGUGCCCCGACCAUCUUCUAGACCACUCUGUUAUGACUCCUUAUAAGUGCCCCUGACCAUCUUCUAGACCACUCUGCUAGACUCCUUAUAAGUGCCCCUGACCAUCUUCUAGACCACUCUGUUAUGACUCCUUAUAAGUGCCCCAGACCAACUUCUAGACCACUCUGUUAUGACUCCUUAUAAGUGCCCCUGUCGAACUUCUAGACCACUCUGUUAUGACUCCUUAUAAGUGCCCCAAACCAACUUCUAGACCACUCUGUUAUGACUCCUUAUAAGUGCCCCUGUCGAACUUCUAGACCACUCUGUUAUGACUCCUUAUAAGUGACCCAGACCAACUUCUAGACCACUCUGUUAUGACUCCUUAUAAGUGCCCCUGUCGAACUUCUAGACCACUCUGUUAUGACUCCUUAUAAGUGCCCCAAACCAACUUCUAGACCACUCUGUUAUGACUCCUUACAAGUGCCCCUGUCGAACUUCUAGACCACUCUGUUAUGACUCCUUAUAAGUGCCCCAAACCAACUUCUAGACCACUCUGUUAUGACUCCUUAUAAGUGCCCCUGUCGAACUUCUAGACCACUCUGUUAUGACUCCUUAUAAGUGACCCAGACCAACUUCUAGACCACUCUGUUAUGACUCCUUAUAAGUGCCCCAGACCAACUUCUAGACCACUCUGUUAUGACUCCUUAUAAGUGCCCCUGACCAUCUUCUAGACCACUCUGUUAUGACUCCUUAUAAGUGCCCCGACCAUCUUCUAGACCACUCUGUUAUGACUCCUUAUAAGUGCCCCUGACCAUCUUCUAGACCACUCUGCUAGACUCCUUAUAAGUGCCCCUGACCAUCUUCUAGACCACUCUGUUAUGACUCCUUAUAAGUGCCCCAGACCAACUUCUAGACCACUCUGUUAUGACUCCUUAUAAGUGCCCCUGUCGAACUUCUAGACCACUCUGUUAUGACUCCUUAUAAGUGCCCCAAACCAACUUCUAGACCACUCUGUUAUGACUCCUUAUAAGUGCCCCUGUCGAACUUCUAGACCACUCUGUUAUGACUCCUUAUAAGUGACCCAGACCAACUUCUAGACCACUCUGUUAUGACUCCUUAUAAGUGCCCCUGUCGAACUUCUAGACCACUCUGUUAUGACUCCUUAUAAGUGCCCCAAACCAACUUCUAGACCACUCUGUUAUGACUCCUUACAAGUGCCCCUGUCGAACUUCUAGACCACUCUGUUAUGACUCCUUAUAAGUGCCCCUGACCAUCUUCUAGACCACUCUGUUAUGACUCCUUAUAAGUGCCCCAGACCAACUUCUAGACCACUCUGUUAUGACUCCUUAUAAGUGCCCCUGUCGAACUUCUAGACCACUCUGUUAUGACUCCUUAUAAGUGCCCCAAACCAACUUCUAGACCACUCUGUUAUGACUCCUUACAAGUGCCCCUGUCGAACUUCUAGACCACUCUGUUAUGACUCCUUAUAAGUGCCCCAAACCAACUUCUAGACCACUCUGUUAUGACUCCUUAUAAGUGCCCCUGUCGAACUUCUAGACCACUCUGUUAUGACUCCUUAUAAGUGACCCAGACCAACUUCUAGACCACUCUGUUAUGACUCCUUAUAAGUGCCCCAAACCAACUUCUAGACCACUCUGUUAUGACUCCUUACAAGUGCCCCUGUCGAACUUCUAGACCACUCUGUUAUGACUCCUUAUAAGUGCCCCUGACCAUCUUCUAGACCACUCUGUUAUGACUCCUUAUAAGUGCCCCAGACCAACUUCUAGACCACUCUGUUAUGACUCCUUAUAAGUGCCCCUGUCGAACUUCUAGACCACUCUGUUAUGACUCCUUAUAAGUGCCCCAAACCAACUUCUAGACCACUCUGUUAUGACUCCUUACAAGUGCCCCUGUCGAACUUCUAGACCACUCUGUUAUGACUCCUUAUAAGUGCCCCAAACCAACUUCUAGACCACUCUGUUAUGACUCCUUAUAAGUGCCCCUGUCGAACUUCUAGACCACUCUGUUAUGACUCCUUAUAAGUGACCCAGACCAACUUCUAGACCACUCUGUUAUGACUCCUUAUAAGUGCCCCAGACCAACUUCUAGACCACUCUGUUAUGACUCCUUAUAAGUGCCCCUGACCAUCUUCUAGACCACUCUGUUAUGACUCCUUAUAAGUGCCCCGACCAUCUUCUAGACCACUCUGUUAUGACUCCUUAUAAGUGCCCCUGAC